AGCCGUAACGGCACUUCCCUUCUCAACGCAGCUUUCCAACCAUGCGACAACUCGACGAUAUAUUCUGCAUGCUGCAUGACGAACCAUGGCGGCGCAGGAGACUUCGGCAUCGCAGAUGAUGUGUGCAUAGAAAAUGGUCUUUGUCAGAACUAUGCGGUAUACAACGGGAACAACGAGGGUGAGAAAAUUUGGUCAAGACAGGGCUGUACAGAUCCACUAUGGAAUAGCCCGUACUGUCUUGGAGACGUUUGUAACGAACCAGAGUACGCCGACAAAUGGGGCAACGUGGGCGUUCACAACUGUGGAGGAAAAACCUGGUGCUGUGAGGAGAAGACCUGCUGCGAUAAUAAGAGCAACAUCUUCGAACUGGAGGCAACUGUGGGUCCGACACCAACUCUUUCUUCAGCAACGCCCUUUUCGCUAGUGACACCCGCACCCUUAGCUACAAUAUCGUCGGCCUCGACGCCUACCUCGUCCUCUGCCUUCAAUGGAGGCAUCUCAUCAGGUGGUCUUAGUGCAGGCGUGCAAGCUGGCAUUGGGGUUGGUGUAGCAAUCGUUGGAAUCGUGGCGGUUGCAAUCGCAUGGCUGGUAUUCAGGUCGACAAAGUCCAGCAUAGGAAAGGACAGCCCUUCAGACGGCAGCACAUUGCACACGGAUGUGUCACAUGUCGAAAAGCAGCAGCUACGUGCCCAUACACAUGAGAUGUGGUCAAAUCAUGGAUAUAGAGAGUUGGGCCAACGUGAAGAUGCAGAAGUAGCGGCAAUCAGUGUCCCUCAGGAGUUAGAGGAUAGAACUCAAAAUAUACACCAAGGUAUGCGAGUGCCAAAAGCUUAG